GUCCAGCACCCUGUCCACGCAGAGGAGGGGCAGGCUGUGCUGCCACCCACCACCAGUUCUCCUGUGGGCACACGCAGGAUGCUGCCGACCGACAGCACCCAGGCUGUGGGGGGCGCCGCAGGGACCCGGAGCGAUUGUACCAUCUGCUACUCUGCCUACGACCUGGCCAGGCACCUGCCCCGCCGCCUUUACUGCGGCCACACCUUCUGCCAGACGUGUGUGCGGCAACUGGACACGCUGGUGCACCAGCAGCGUUGGAUCCCGUGCCCACAGUGCCGCCAGAGCACGCCCACGCCGCGCGGAGGGGUGGCCAUGCUGGACCUCGACCUGGCCGCCUUCCUGGCAGUCAAGGCCGAGCGGGAGCCCCAGCCUCCAACGCCCCUCAAGGGUGGCGCCACCACUCAGCAGCCUGCUGCGUUGUCCUGCCCCACCCUGGGUCCCCAGCCCCACUUUCCCUCAUCCCCACGCUGCUGCUGGGGCUGUGGUGGCCUCUGCUGGGACUCCUGGGGCCACCCCGAGGCCUAAGCAGCUGCCUUCCCUGCCACCAGGGCAGGCCUGCUCCAGACCCAACUGCGCGGCCUUUCCAACCUGGCCUGGUGGCAGAGCCUGGGCCACCAUCCCUGCCGUGGACACCCCGGGACAGUGGAAGGCGGGGCUUCUGCCCACAGUGCCCUGA